GUACUGCGUAAAACCUCCCCCCAAAAAAACGCACGGUAUGUCCAACCCCUCGGGUUUCUGUCUAUGUCCGCCUAGGCUGCGCAGUGCGGAAUAUGUCAUAGACUUGAAAUUUUUUGGGCAUAUACACUAACCAUAUUCAAAUGCUAGAGUCUGAAAUUUGACGAACAUACCACGCUUCAACAAAUCAUCCAAAAAACCUUCGACAUUCCUUCAUCACACACGCACCCUCGACAUUGGGUAUCACCCUCCCUUCCAAACAUGAGUGGCACUCGGCCGCGUAUACUACCUUCAAAACAAUAUAUUUUGGCUGAAGACUGUGAUCCCCUUGACCUUCUUUAUUCUCUUUUCAACGUUGCAACGACGACGUUAGAGCCGGCAACCGACAUUCCGACAACCUUGGACAUGCGUGUCAAACAGGAUGCUCAUAUCCCCUCUCAUGUCCUUGUCGUCUUUGACAUCCCAGAGAGCGAAUGGGGUUCAACGUAUCAGCCUCUCUUGGUACCAAUUCGUGUUGACCUCUUCACCCGCGGCUUUACCUCCAAAAUAAUUCCACCCAGCCCACCUGGGUCUACUUUUCCGGUCCCAUAUAGCACUGAACAUACCGAGGGGCAAUUCGUGACACUCCCCGUCGUCCCACUGCUUGUCCCGCAUGCUCCAUCUAUCCCUCUACUCUUCCUCUUUGGACUUGGACUUGAAACACGAUCCCAGUUGCUAUGUUGCCACCUCCUGCCAGCUGAGGUGAUAGAAGAAUUCCCUGCCCCUCCCACCAUGGCCAACAUCAUGGCAACGUUAUGCAAUGAUGAUCAAAUCCGAGAGCAUAGCAAAUUUAAUCAAGGACUAUGGAAAAAUAUUCUCUCUUUAGGGCCACGAGACCAGCAUUUCAUCGAGCUGGCGCAGACGGCAUGGAAUGUCACAGCGGAAGCACGGCGAAUCCGACGGCGCAACACGGCGUCUCACUUCGUAUCGGUCCCGAAUUGAGCGGACACGUGUGCCGCAUGCGCUUUGACGUUUUUUCCGUUUUGCUUUGCUCAUCUUGCUAA